UGCAAAACCUCGCAGCACGACGGCGUCUCGCUUUACGCCUAAUUGACAUGUAUCCUUGACGAUAUUAUAGUAACAAACGUUCGUAGAUGCGCCAAUGUGUAAAUAUCCGGUUUGGUCAAACGGUAGUUGUAAGAUGUACAAAAAUACAACUUCCAGUUAGAAGCAUAGUGAGUAAGACUGAGGUCGUGCGCUGGUAGACACUCCAAUGGCUGCGGUUUCCGCCCGAGUCUGUUCGUAAGUGGAUGGGAUGGACGGACGGACGACCGUCUGAGCACAACAAAUAAUAAAUAAUCAGCUGCACUAACACCAGCUAAGAUGGAGACCAAGAGAGAGAAAGAGCAGGAAACAGAAUUUGCAAAAAUAACCCCGGUGCUCCUGAAGUCCAGGACGGGGGAGUUCGACCUCGAGUCAGUUUUAUUCCUUAAACUCAGGAGUCUCGGUAUCUGUGACCUGGGAUGCAUAGGCGAAUGCACAAACCUGGAGAGACUGGACCUUUCUGGAAAUAACAUCACAAAUUUGGCACCCCUGUCUUCUCUGAGACGUCUUCUAGUCCUGAAUUUAUCUGCCAACCGAAUUACAAGUUUAGAGCCCAUUUGCAGCUGUGAUAGUAUUCAGACCCUGAAUGUGGCUGGAAACCUAAUUAGCAGCAUUGAAAACUUAUACUGCCUUAAGUCAUUAAGAAAACUGGAGAGCAUUCGACUUAAGGACAACACAUAUGAUUAUUCCAAUCCAGUAUGUAAGAAUUCUUCAUAUAGAAACAUACUCCUUGAAAUGUUCCCAAACAUCAAAGUGUUGGAUGGAGAACGAGUUGUUGGAAGAGGGAGUGAUCUAUAUCAGCUAUGCAAAGAUAUUGAUGAUAUAAUAAAAGCAGGGAUAUAUAGAAAUGGACCACUUCCUGAACUGCCUGACUGCAAGCCAUGGAUUGAAGAUGGCUUUCUUGAUAUAAAGACUUCCAGCAAUACAAUAAUUGAAGAAGCCUAUAAACAGUUCAGUGAUAUUUUACAUGAAUGCAGACUCCUGAAUAAUAGAGCAGCUCAUGUAAUUUCUCAAACUGAACGGAAUCUGAGCAUUAAGAACAUGCCAAAAGAGUAUGCUGUUUGAAGACCAGAAAUGAAUCGCACCAUAUGCCAUUUAGUGCUUUUACUAGAACAUUCAUUGUAUUUUAAAGUGGAUUCUGUGAAACAUUUUGUGUAACAGUCUGUAUUCUUGAUACAGCAUCAGUACCAGAAUCCUUGCUUUAUCCUUGUGGCCUGUGAUGUCAGUCUGUAUUUCGGAACUGAGUCAGUGUCUUGUUUAAAGGUUUCAGUGAAAUCCCAUAGUUGCACACCUAAGAACCCAUUUUCAUCUCAGGAUAUUAUAUACAUGCAUUAAGCAAUGCAUGUAUAUGUCAUUAAAUAGGACACACAUGAUGCUGCUAUUGACAAAACCAUGCUUUUACCAGACGUAUAUGCAGCUGACCUGUUUGUAUCAAAAUAGAUUUACAAAGGUUUUCAUUGUCUUAUAUACAUUUUGUGGUCUUUGUGCUUUUAUUACUUGCAGAUGCUAAUAGCUGAAUUAGCUAAUUACACAGGAACCAUGAUUGUCUAUGACAUGAAUGAGAAAAUAUGCAUCUAAAUAUGUUAAAGGAAUGCAUAAGUUUUUCUUGUAAUGAUUCAGUGAUUACAAAUAGUUUUAAACUGCCAUUAAACAGGUCUUGGGUGUGUUUAUGAAAAAAGACCCAUUCAGGCAGGGGAAAAAAAAAAAUAGAAGCAACUGUAUUUUUUAUCUUUGUGUUAUCAAAUGCAAUUCCUAUAAGUACAUAAUAAAACUAGGCGCCAUUGCAGAGAUGCUGACAAGUA